GCUCAAACUUGUAUACUCUUCCUACCCAUUGCAGAACUAGAAAGGAGUGUAACCAAGAUACUGUGAAUCAUGCCUGAGUUUACAAACAACAACAACCUGAUUCUUGGUGGUCUGGCAGCGUGUGCGGUGGGUGUGUUGGGCAUCUCGUAUAUCUACUUACGGAGAGAAAAGCGCGAGUACACUCAGGUUGGAGUGGUGUCUAAGCUCUUUAUCCAUCCUAUCAAGUCAUGCGGAGGAUUGGAGGUUUCCCAGGCUGAGUGUGUUGCUCUUGGAAUCAAAAGCAAUGGAGUUAUGGAUAGAUCCUUCCUCGUCAUUGAUGCCAACAAAGACAGCGUUUCAAGGAUCCGUCAACCUUCCUUGGCUUUAGUAGCGCCCUCUCUGUCCGCUGACAUGCAAAGUUUGUUGAUCAAUGCUCCUGGUAUGCCCACUCUCACAGUGCCUCUUCAUGGCGAUCAGAAUGGAAGGAUAUACAACUCAAGAGUUCUGGGACUCGGCGUUCAAGGUGAAGAUUGUGGUGAAACAGCCAGCGAAUGGUUCAGCCAGUACCUUGGCAAACCUCGCUACAGACUGGUCUGUUACUCCAACAAAUGCAAUGAUAAAAUCCUUCAAAAUGACCGCAAAUGGGGAAGCAAGUCCAAGGCUGGUGAAAAGGGAAUGUUCCAGAACCUUGCUCAUCUUCAUCUUUUCAGCGAGUCAUCUCUGAUCAACUUGAACUCGAAGCUGGAAAAACAACUCCACUAUGACAACUUCAGACCAAAUAUUGUAGUCGAUGGCUGCACUGCAUUCAGUGAAGACAAGUGGAAGUAUGUAAGGAUCGGCGAUGAAGUAAACCUGAGGACAACGCAUAAGUGUGCAAGAUGUCCUCAAACCACUGUUGAUCCAGAAAUAGGAAAGUUCAUGGAGACCAAAGAACCCCUGAAGACCCUUAGGACAUACCGCAUGGCCACCCCUGAUGAUCCCGAUCAGAAGACGUAUGGUGCAAACCCUGUCUUUGGUACCAACCUUGCUAUUGAAUCAUUUGGAGUCGUCAAGUUAGGUGAUCCCGUCUAUGCUAGCCUGGUCUAAUAUAAUCAUCUCAUUCCACAGAAAGCAAUAUAUCCUUAGUAUCUUAGUAAUCCAUUCUCUUAGGGUGUGUUUAUGCUUCCAUUGCGAGGACAGAAUCAGCGAUUUCAAACGUCGAUUCAAAACGCCGAUCGUAAA